UAAUCGUUAAAUAGUUCGGUAUCCCACUUAAACAGUUCCAUGUUGGCCGUUUAUUUACUCAAGCAGUGAAUAGUUGUACAGUUAGUGUUGCGCGUCAUAUGGCUCGUUAUUUAUAUACGGUGUCUUUUAAUUAAACGAUGAUUAUGAUUUGUGUGCAAAAUUCGAUAAAAGCGUCUCCCAACAUUGUCAAUGGGUCCAGAUAAUGCGGAAACGCAAUGACACUCGAAAUAAUAGAAUAGCGAAAAGUGCAUGCACGCUGCCAUUUUCUUAUUUAUGAGCUAUAAAGUAUUAAUGGUGGAUGGCUAUGGCUAUUAUGUCCAACUAAAAGGAAAAGGAUCCGGCUGUGCUUCUUUGAUCCGAAGGAACAACAAUAAGGUCAUCGCUCUAACCCUUCAGUGCUCCUCCGGUGCCUACUAUGCGCAAGAAGCGGCGCCUCCGCCCGUCAUGGACGUGAUGAACUCCGAGCACCAAUAUCCCAACUACUACAACUUCCUGUACCACCAUCCUCAGAGCGGUUACGACCCGCCGGAGACGUACGACAUCAACACCUUCGACAGCUUCGUCUCGACAACCAGCUCGUUAUCAGAGGACAACUUCAAGCAGCAUCAGGAGCAGAAAAACACCAGGGGACGGAAGCGGAGCGUACGGGAGCGGCUGCCGUCCCCGACGGUGAUGAAGCGCCGCCGGCUGGCGGCGAAUGCGCGCGAGCGGCGGCGGAUGAACGGCCUGAAUGAAGCUUUCGAUCGGCUAAGACAAGUUAUACCAAGCUUGGACGCUGACCACAAAUUGAGCAAGUUUGAGACUCUGCAGAUGGCACAGACGUACAUCGCUGCCUUGAGGGAGCUCCUCGAACGGGACGCCCAAAGAUGAGCCAAAGAGUUUUAGUGUCAAAUCUAGUCGAGUGCCUUGUGAAGUGAUCUCGAGACAAUCUUUGUAUUUUUGUAGAAUUUUUAUCGACAAUAAAUGGAACGAAUCUC